AUGGAGAGGCUGCUGGUGGAGACGGGCAUGAAGGGACCCGGAUGGAUCGACGUCUCUCAAUACGUGCCAAGUGAUGCGCGCGUCUCGCACUGCAAGUACGAGUUCACCGUCGACAUGACGCGGAUGAAGGACAUUGCCUAUGUCAGCGAUUCGGUACAGGCCCCCACCCCGCCUCUUCGAAUGAUGGCGGUGAACGUGUUGACGGCGCUGAACAAGAAGCGCGAGAAUGAGAUCUGCAUGAUAUCGCUGCUCGUCAACAACAAGGCGCCCGUGGACGGACUGACGGCCGAACCGACAAAGUGUGCUGGCGACGAUCAAGCGCCUCGACCGGAUCUGAUCGUCGGUCACGACGCGAGUGCGACCAUCAACCGUCUGAUGGCCCGACUCGCCAAGCACGACAUCAAGACGUGGCCAUUCAUGGGACGGUUGAAGCGCAGCAUCCCGCUCAAGCAGAUCGCGCACACUAAAGCCGCACAAUCGGAGAUGACCGUCGGAAGGCUGGUGCUGGACACAAAGACUUCAUCGAUGGAGCUGGUCCGUUGUCGAAGCUAUGAGCUGACGGAGCUGGUGGAGGGUCUGCUGAAUGCCCGCAUCGCUGCCCUCCCAGAUCCUGGUGACAUCCCCGCAUAUUAUGCCACUUCCACCCAAUUGCUGAAGCUGAUCAAGAAUUCGUGGAACGAGAGCCGGUGGACGGUCAAACUCGCCGCCCACGUCAACGCGCUGCCUCUCGCUUUCCAGAUCACCAAUGUCGUCGGCGGCGUCACGUCUCGCACUUUGAUGGGCGGCCGAGCCGAGCGCAACGAGUUCCAUCUGCUUCACGCCUUCCACCGCAACGACAUGAUCUCCCCGGACAAGGCACAGUCGCAAUUUAAGCAUAAAGACACGCAAUCGACGCAGCAAUCGGCCACGCAGAAGCACGUGAAGAAGGACGACGAGGGUGACGAAGAAGAGGACGGCCCUGGCGCUGCUCACCCCGCCGAAGCUGACCACAAGAAAAAGACGCAAUAUUCGGGGGGUCUGGUGCUCGAGCCGAAGCGCGGACUGUACGACACGAUGAUUUUGUGCCUCGACUUUAACUCUCUUUACCCGUCCAUCAUCCAAGAAUACAACAUUUGCUUCUCCACGGUCAACUACACGCAAAAGGACUCUGACGAUCUGCCGGAGCCUCCAAAUCAGACACUCGCCGAGGGGAUCCUCCCCGAGAGCUUCGAGGCCUCGUCGAACGCCGAUGAUGCCGAGAAGAAGCAGCUGGACAUUCGACAAAUGGCGCUCAAACUAACGGCCAACAGCAUGUACGGGUGUCUGGGGUUCCAGAUGUCGCGCUUUACGCGAAACCCCUCGCCGCACUUGUCACGUCGAAGGGGCGAGAGAUUC